AGCCGCCGCCCCGGCCCGGCCUCACCUCGCUUCUCGCACAGCUUCUCCCUCACGCUGAUCGACGCCCUGGACACGCUGCUAAUCCUGGGAAAUGUGUCUGAGUUUCAGCGCGUCGUCAAUGUGCUGCAGGAAGGGGUGGAUUUUGACAUCGAUGUCAAUGCAUCUGUCUUUGAAACUAACAUUCGAGUGGUGGGUGGCCUCCUCUCUGCUCACUUGCUGUCAAAGAAGGCUGGUGUUGCAGUAGAAGCAGGCUGGCCAUGCUCUGGACCUCUCCUGAGGAUGGCAGAGGAGGCAGCUCGCAAGCUCCUGCCAGCUUUUCAGACCCCGACGGGGAUGCCGUAUGGAACAGUGAACUUGCUACAUGGAGUAAACCCUGGGGAGACCCCAGUUACUUGUACUGCUGGAAUUGGUACAUUUAUAGUGGAAUUUGCCACUUUGAGCCACCUUACAGGUGACCCAGUGUUCGAGGAUGUUGCCAGGAAGGCUUUGAAGGCCCUGUGGAAAAACCGCUCGGAUAUUGGGCUGGUUGGUAACCACAUAGAUGUGCUCACAGCCAAGUGGGUGGCCCAAGAUGCUGGCAUUGGGGCAGGAGUGGACUCCUACUUUGAGUACCUUGUUAAAGGAGCCAUCCUCCUGCAGGAUGAGGAGCUGAUGUCCAUGUUUCUAGAAUACAACAAAGCCAUCAAAAAUUACACAAAGUUUGAUGACUGGUACCUGUGGGUUCAGAUGUACAAAGGAACAGUGUCCAUGCCUAUUUUCCAGUCCCUGGAGGCCUACUGGCCAGGCCUACAGAGCCUAAUUGGGGAUGUGGAUAAUGCCAUGAGAACCUUCCUCAACUAUUACACUGUCUGGAAGCAGUUUGGUGGCCUGCCAGAGUUCUACAACAUCCCCCAGGGCUAUACAGUGGACAAGAGGGAGGGAUAUCCACUCAGGCCUGAGCUGAUUGAGAGUGCCAUGUACCUGUACCGUGCUACCAGAGACCCCACACUCCUAGAGCUGGGAAGAGAUGCUGUGGAGUCCAUAGAGAAAAUCAGCAAGGUGGACUGUGGAUAUGCAUCUAUCAAAGACUUGAGAGAUCACAGACUGGAUAAUCGCAUGGAAUCCUUCUUUUUGGCUGAAACAGUAAAAUACUUGUACCUGCUGUUUGACCCAGACAACUUCAUCCACAAUGAUGGAUCAGCCUUUGACGUGGUGGUCACGCCGUACGGGGAGUGUGUCCUGAAUGCUGGAGGGUAUGUCUUCAACACUGAGGCUCAUCCCAUAGACCCUGCAGCCCUGCACUGCUGUAGGAGGAGCAAGGAGGAGCAGUGGGAGGUGGAAGACUUGAUGAGGGAGUUUUACUCGCUGAAGAAACCCAAGAAGUUCACUUUAAAAAGAGCUUCCAACCACGGUGAAGGGGAAAGUGCAAAAAAGCCUGAAAAUGCCUCUUCAGAGAUAAGUGGGGAGAAGAAGAACUCUAAGAAGAGCUCACACUCCCUCCUGAGUUGCCCCAGUCAAUCUUUUAACUCCAGACUUGCAGUACUGGGACAGGUCUUCCUAGAUAACACCUGAUUUAUUUUUUUUUUCAUCAUCAGUUUAACUUAUGAACC